UUUUCAAGUCUUUUCUCAUUUUUGGUACAUUCAUUAUUAAUUUACUUUUUGGCACAUUCUAACAAAUUUUUUUUCAUCUUUUUGUGGAAACGAGGCUGAUGGAGCAGUACUGCUGCUCGCCGUUACACCGUUUAGGUAUGCCUAGGAGGUUUUUUGGUGCAGUUAAGAAAUGUCAACAUUUAGAACCUUUUCAAACCAUCGAACAUGGAAAGCGUUGCUGUCUGCCUGCAACAGGAGGGAAAAGGAUAUUUUACACCUGCUUGCUCGGUCAGAAUCUACUCUAAUCGUGAAAAAUUCGGUAUUUGCUCACCAAUCAAGGUUUACGGUAUACAACAAAGUCAACUCACACUAUGCCAAGAACAAUUUCAAAAAUGUUAUCCCACUGACCUCUUUCCAACUAUUGCGGCCUUGCAGUAAUGAUGAAAAAAAGGCUCAUCAUAAAGGUGAAUCUGAUAGUGAUGUUAAGAGAAAGGAACUUGAAUCUAGCGAAAAAAAGAAUGGAGCUUUGCAAAAAUUUAAAGAGAUGCUGAAUACUUUCUGGGAGGGAUGCAAGCAGCUCCUAUGGGUCGAUGCAAGAAAAGCCUGGGCGACAAAAAGAAAGCUGAAAAGGCAUGAUUAUGACUUGACAAUUUUAACACGAGAGGAGCUGAGACAUCUGAGACAGACACAAAAGGAUAUAAUCAAGUCACUGCCUGUUGCCUUGCUGUUCUUUAUUCCUUUUAUUGGUUACUUUGCACCUGUGAUUGGGUACCUUUUCCCAAAAAGGUUGUUGUCACAUCAGUUCUGGGACAUUGAGCAAAGAAAGAAGUUUGCAUUUGAAGAUCAUUCUAAAAGGAGUCAAUAUUAUCUUCCACUAGUACAAGAGCUUGGCUGGUCAAGCAGAGAACUGCAAAAUCAACAGCUGUUUUCAUUAUGUAUCAAGGUAAUUGAUGGAUGCCACAUAGAAAAUGAAAGUAUCAUAAAAUUGAAGGAUGUUUUCAAAGAUGAUGUUAUGUCGAUAAAGAAGAUGCCAAGGUUUCACUUGAUAAAAUUGUGCAAGACUUGGCUUCUUCCUGUGAAAUGGUACAUCCCCUCUAAAGUACUGAGAGAGUUCCUGUCGUAUAGGAUAAAACAGAUAAUAGAGGAUGAUGCAGCAAUUAGGAGGGAUGGAAUAGGCAUUUUGUCAGACCUCUGUUUAAGACAGGCCUGCCAUGCACGAGGACUUGACAAAUACUCCUUUGCUAUCCCAUUGAUGAAGGAAUGGCUUGAAGACUGGCUACGUUUAACUGCAUCAGUUUCAGUUGAAGACAAGUCGUUCGUCGCCCACUGUGCUGCAAUCAAAACAAUGAAUUUUUCAAAAACAAAGGUGAUAGACAAUUAAUAGAAUAUAUAGGAAUAUGUAUUUCCAAUGUCUGA